GAGAGAUCAUUAGGCAGGUGAUGUACACGCUAAUUGCAGAUAUAAAACAAGACUCCCUCCCCCAAUUGUUGAAGCUAGUAGGCAGUUCUUGCGACAACAGUGUUUGGACAGAGCUGUGUAUUUUUUUUGGUGUAUUGUUAAUUUAUUGGUGAGAAAUUUAAGAUUUUGCAGCAAUGGCCUCCCAAAUCCGGCAGAACUAUCAUUUGGAAAGUGAGGCUGCUAUUAACCACAUUGUUAACUUGGAGUUGAAAGCCUCUUAUGUCUACCUGUCACUGGUGAGUGACUCUUAUUGUAAUUCUUGUCUGUAACUUCCAACAUGUGAUUAUAAAGGAUGUAACAUAACAUGUAACUUUAUGUAUACAAUGCCUUUUUAAAUCUAAAAGCUGCUUAGUGCACAGACCAACCCCUGGUUAUACCCACUCAACAGCUAACAAUAGUGUCACUUUGAUCCAUUUGGCAUGUUGGAAAAUGAUAGUGUGGGUUUGACUUUUUUAACUUUGCUUAUAAACAUGGUAAAACUGUAGUUGGCACAGUGAUGUGCUGACCCAAAAGGGCAGGUAUGGACCUGAAUGAGGCAGAUUAGAGUGUUCCUUGGUUAUAACUGGUUUUGUGUUGGCAAUAAGCAGUGUAAUGUUUUAUUGGCUCUUACACAAUAUAAAGUAUGGGGCUGUAACUUCAUAUCUCAGUACAAUUAAGCAGCUCCAGUACACCAUGCAAAAGUGCUACAGUGAGCCCCACACAUUUCAGUCUCCCUCUUGGUCUGCUUAUAUCUCCCUAGAAUAGGGUCCUUGGUGCUCUGAGGUUGUGGUUUAAUAUGCAGCUUUAGUUUCUCCACUGUAUACAUACCUCCAACCUGUGUGAAUAUCUAGUGCACACUCAAAUGGAGCAAGGCACAGAGCUAGGACAUCCUGUUAUAAGGCUGCUCUCUAGGUUCAUUCAGGGGUAUGGAGUUUCAAAGCGGAGAGAAGCUCAUGCAUCCUGUUACUCCAGUAGGCUACCUCACAAUUCCCAUCAAGGUCUCAAAGCAUGACUUCCUGGACAGAGGAAAUUGUUGACCCUGUUAGAGAUGUGAUUUUCCCAGGACUUUUUUGAUUAUCCUGUAUUUAUUUAUCAAGAAGCCUGAAAAUGCACACAAAACAGUACCAAACCCCACAUAUCCUAUAUCCUUGGAUAGCUGGUCUCUGGUCAUCUCACCAUGGACCAGGCACUAUUUGUGUAUUAUUCUGAAUCUUGUAAAAACUGGUGCUUUGUCAAUAUUCCAAAUCCCAUACUUUGUAUAUGAGUGGGAUGGGAAAGCAGAUGUAAAUUUAUUUGGCUUUAGUAAAUGUGACCACUGUAAUCUUCACCUGGAUCAAAAAUCUGGUAUUUAGUGAAACGGUGUGUGCAACUAAACACUCAGCAUUGAUAUACAUAUCGUUAAGCAUGUUUAAAGCUGCACUAUCUCUCAAUACCUCACUCCCUGCAAAAUUAGCAUUGUAUGAAAUACACACAUUGACUGUCUGGAAUUUCACUGACAUUCAAAAGAUACUGAGACAAAGUAGGAUCUACUUUUUCAGUAGUUUUCUAUACACAGGGUGGCGCUACUGCCGUCUGUCCAUACUGCACCUAUCCCUAGUGACUGCUGCAGGAAAUUAGCUCUGUCUAUGGAAGAUCCUGCAAUCUCAGGACACUCCAUAGACCUCAAUGCUAUAUUCACGCCAGCAGUAGAAGAGACAAGGGACUGGUUCAGGUAAACUAAACUCACCUAUGGGUCCCCUCUGUCACAAGUCACCAGAUGGUGACAGUGCUGCUUUAAGCUGAAUUGAUUUAAAAGCAUUCUUCUAGUCUUGCUGUGCAUCAUGCCAUUUGUGUCUUUAUAUAACAUCUUGUUAAUAAAGUGACAUUAUAUAUGACCUCUUCUAGUAAAUUGGUGACACUGCACUUGUAAAGUAAAAGCAUUAACAUCUGACUUGUACCUUCAGCAAUUCUACUUUGAUCGUGAUGAUGUUGCACUAGCAAAAUUUUCCAAGUUUUUCCAUGAGCUGUAUGAGCAGAAGCAAGAGGAAGUUGAAGAAUUUCUCAAGUACCAAAACAUGCGUGGAGGAAGGAUUGUAAUCAAAGAUAUCAAGGUACUAUGGACUGGAACAGGCCUAAAUAUAUAACUGCCUAUUUCAUUCUAGAGCACAACAACCUGGUCAAUUGGUGUCACCCAUAUUUUCUUAAAGGGUGACUCCAAGCACCAUGACAAUUUCUGGGAUUUUAAGUGGUCCUGGACUCUGUAUGUGCUACAUUUUUUGCUUUGAAAUGCUGCACAUACAGAGAAACUCCACCAUUUGGUGUCAUCUUCCAGCCCCAAACAAGUCCCUGGCUAAUAUCAAUUCUGUGCAGUGUUCAUUGGCUGAGAGGUCGGCUGAAGCUCUGACAACAAAUGUCAACUGCCACAACUUCUGGCUUGUGCAGGAGUUUGAAGAACAUCCCUAAACUGUUGGAAGCACUAGACUCUGUGAGGGACCCAGGUAUGGUGGCAAAGUGUUGCUUAAUGGCUUACCCCAUUACUGGGGAGCUGGACCAGAGUACUCCAGCAGGUUGUAGUGGUUUUGAUGCUUGGUAUGACUCUCUAAUACAUUCUGACAUGUAAACCCCUUAAAUACUCUGCUUGGAAGCUGCAGCCCGAAGUGUAUUCCUGGAAUUUGGCUAUUGUGGUGACCUCUCACUAGAUGUUGGCACUCAUUAGCAAUGAGGGAGAUUAUUCAAACUAUGGCUCUUUGUUAUGAAAGCAGGACUUGUGCAGUGUACACACCCAUAGUACUCUGCAACAUGGACAGCCAGGGAAGUAUAGUCAGACAUUUUAGUUGGUGUAAUGUGGCCAUUCCGGUACAGCUAGCAAUCCCUCUGUAAUCAUAUGAUGAAAUGGGUGGCAAGAUACACUGUCUUGAUAGUAAGAGAACAGGCUGGAGGAAGAUGUGUCUAUGGGCAGCCAUGUGGCCUUGCCAAAAGGUCUGUGUUCCUGGAAUAACAUUUUUUUGAACUAUAUAUAGAAACCAUUGCUACAUGUUGUGUAGUAGUGCUAAAAUAGUCUAAUGUGGAGUCAGUCAUUAGACAGACUGCCUCAUAGGAUUUCCAUAGUGGUCGUUUUUAUGUAAGUGCUAUUUACUCCUUUCCCCUUGGUACCAUGUCUGGGCAUCUAUCUAGUAAAUGAGCUAACAUGCACCCAUGGCUUACUAACACACAAAAUUAAGCACUGCACUUGGGCGGUAGCAAUGGCUAUAGUAUUUAUCUGCUUUCCACCCUGUCCCUAUUGAGGAUUUAGUAUGUAAGGGUUCACCUAACUGAAAGCAACAAGGUUAAAAAAAAAAAGAAAAAAAAAAAACUCCUCUGUAAAUGUGCAUCGGAAUUGGGCUAUUGCAGACUGCCCAGGUAACUUGUGCAUACCAGCACUAUGCAGUUGUCUAUUCCUAAUGUCUACCUUUUUAUGCAAAACCCAGUUUGUUGCAACUGUACCUGUAUGUAUGGAGCAAUAUUUGUGUUGGCGCAAACAAGGUCUUUCCUGCAAAUGCUUGCGUAAUGGCUUAUUUGCCAACUGCAACUCUAUUCUAAUUUCAUAAAACUAUCCAUAUGUAGCAAAUAUCCCCCUUGUUCAGUUUGUGUCCAUAGAAACUGGACCAUAGGAAUUGCUGUAUCAGAAAUAUUGAUAGAAAAUGGAUCUCUCUCAGUGCUGGGGUCUUGACUCUAAAUGACAUGAUGUAAAUCUUUUGGUGAACGUUCCUUUUGGGUAUUUUUUUUUAUUAUGCUGGCACACUUGAACUACACCCAGGUUCUCUGCAAACUUUCACUGAAGAUGUUGCUGUGGAUUAAUUUCUGUACAAUAGUCAUACGCAGUUAUCUUGUAACAAGGUUUUCUGGAUUGUAGAAACCAGAUGCUGACGAAUGGCAGAAUGGAACCCAUGCCAUGGAAUCUGCUCUGAAUCUUGAGAAACGUGUGAACCAUGCCUUACUAGAACUACACACAACUGCAAGAACCCACACGGACCCUCACGUGAGUACUGUGGAUUUAAACUAUAGAUUGCUGUUAAACUUCUCCAAUGGCAAUCUGAGAACCAUCAUUCCACGCUUGACAACAUGGGUAUUAAACUAUUAUUGUGCAAUUUUAAAUUUGUCUGGGCUUUAUAGCGGUUUGUAAUAUAUAUAUAUUUUUUUUUUCUUGUCCUUCAGAUGUGUGACUUCUUGGAAUCUAAAUACUUGCAUAAAGAGACAAAGUUGAUUAAGAAACUAGGCGACCACUUCACUAACUUGAAACGUGUCAAGGCAACGGAAGUGGGCAUGGGAGAGUAUCUCUUCGACAAACUUACCUUGGGGGAGGACAGUAAUUAAGCCUGUCCAUUUGCCAUUGGUUCUAACAUAAUUCAUAUCAUGUUACUGUAGACUUCAUAAUAUAAAAUUUAUCAACUUUACACAAAAU